AUGUCACCUACAAGUAUUGAUCUAACGAUUGGGCUGCUGGGCACGCAGGUCCCGAUGGAAAGCCAGAAUCUCAGAUGGAAGAAUGGUCAUACCACUGUUCUUCCAAUGGUUUGCAGUGACACGAACGUCAAUGUUUGCGAAGCCAUUGACAUUCCCAUUAUCAAAUUCAUGGCCGAAUUUCCAAUCUCUCUGUCGACCUCAAAGAACGUUCUGCACCUGAAUGAAGAAGCGCUUGGGCGAGCGGACAUCGUCGACGUCGUCGGGAGUGCGCUGGGCUCCAACAUGCCAGUUGUAAUCAGAGGUGUGCCCCAUGAUAUGGUAGAUGGAGAGCUAUCAGCGGAAUACCUGGACGAACACUUCGCGAUCUCUCCGUAUCGUCCUGUGUGCAUUCACGAUGUGAUGAUGCGAUCGAUAGAUCAUGUCCACCCCACAACAUCUGGCACGAUCAAGUCAUUCUUCGAGUCGAUGGAUGACCCAACAAAAAUACAAUCCAUCCUCGACCUGCCACUCGCGCAAGCAGCGAUACCGAAAUCUCUCAGGAACAUCGAUCAUGGGCUCGUGCACGGCUGGAAUCAAACGACCCAUAGUGUUCCGAUCGUUUCAAAAGUCCACCCUGAAAACUUCACGGUCAAGGCAUGGGGCAUGCUGCAUCACGCCGGAUUUCUGACUUAUCCACAUCACGAUGCGGAGGGCACAUUAACAUGGGUACGGAUGGAGGCUGGGGCCAAGUUCUGGGUGAUAUUCAGACCCAAGGAUCGACGGGAAGAUCGCAGCCAUAUUCAAAAUAUUGCAACACGGCUUGUCAACUUCACAGAGCACAAGGCGUGGUUGAAGCAACACUGCGACGCUGAGUUGAUAACCCUCCUAGCUGGCGACAUGUUAAUACAGCCACCUUGCACGAUGCAUGCGGUAUACACGCCCAUUGCCUCAUUUGCUACAGGUGGCCACUUCUACCAUUAUGCUUGCAUGCACCUCACCGAACUCGCCCGGUACAUCGACGUUGAAGUAGCUGACUCCACAACAAACCAGGUCCUUGAGCAUGCGUUAGAGACACUUCGUCGCAUGGUCAUUGCGAUUCCCUACCUGUCCCCCCAAAUAUCGUUAUUCAAGCGACCGCUACUCAGUCUCUGCAUCAUGGCGACCAGGGCAAGGCAGUAUCGCGCAAAGGGAAGUAGCACAAGGUCUGUGCGUGAUACUGAGACUGCACAGCCGAGCAUCGACAUAUCGGACGUCAUACUUGAGUAUUUCGGAUCAUCUGUAUGGGUACCAGGAAGCCAUAUCCUAUACCAGGGCAAUCAGUUCAUCCCCGGCGAUCUGGUGGACAGGGAGGACCUUCGCCGUGUAUUGACAAAAUCGCUACAGUUGUAG